AUGGAUAGAGAACCAGUUACAGAACAAGAAACAGAAAAGGAUAUAGAAAUGGAUAGAGAACUAGAUAGAGAACAAGAUGUAGAACAAGUUACAGAACAAGAAACAGAAAAAGGUACAGAACAAGAUACAGAAAAAAAAUACAGAACCAAAUACAGAGCCUUCGAAAAAAAUUGGACAGCAGACACCAAGCGAACACACAUUGAAGGCGGCAAGACUGUAGCUGAUUUACAUAGAGACUAUGUUGCUGAAUGUAAAAGUAAAGGUUUACCCUUUGGUAAUUAUUUAGCAUAUUACAAUAUAUUUUGUACCGAAUACAAUAUGGCAUUCUUCAAACCUAAAAAAGACCAAUGCGAAACCUGUACAAAUUAUACUAAUGCGACUGAAGAAGACAAACAAAUUAUGAAACAUGAUUAUAAACUUCACCUAAAGGAAAAACAACUAGCAAGGGAUCAAAAAGAUGAAGACAAAAACUAUACUCCGGACAAUUGUAUAGUAUCUGCUGCAAUGCCUUGUCCUAAAGGUGAUACGUCGACAUUUUAUUACCUAUACAAGUUGAACUGCUACAAUUGUACUAUUUAUGAUAUUAAAACCAAAUAUGUGAACUGUUACGUACUGCACGAAGGCGAAGCUAAACAUGGAGCUAUUGAAAUCGGUACCUGUGUACUAAAAUACAUUGAAAGCCUGGAAGAGACCGCCAAAAAACUUGAUUCAAAAUUGGAUUUGAUAUCUUACUCAGAUAAUUGCUGCGGACAGCAGAAAAAUCAUUAUUUGAUCGCAGUAUACAUUUUUGCUGUGCAUAAUUAUGAUUUUAUAAAUUCAAUUUUGUAA